AGCGUUCUUCAGUUCCGACUUGCUUCAACUCGAAAUCUCUGCUGCUACCCGCUUCUCUGCAUCUCUGCACCAAUGGCAGUCGCUUCCAACUCGCUCGUGUCUUUCAUCCAAGGCUCAUUGAGUCAACGCGGAAGGCACUUCCGGCUUCUUCCUUCCCCUUCUCUUCCUUUGCCCGGAUCGUCCUCUCUGAAGCUCACUCGCCGCUCCAACUCACCCCUACUUGGCUCUUUAGAUGCAUCCAGCAGCACAGAUAAGGAGACCCCCAUUGAGACAAGGUUCCCAGCUUAUCGUAGUGUGAUGGACAUUAACAAAAUUAGAGAGGUAUUGCCACACAGGUUCCCCUUUUUGUUGGUGGAUAGAGUAAUAGAGUAUAAUCCAGGGGUAUCGGCUGUUGGUAUAAAGAAUGUGACCAUAAAUGAUAACUUCUUUCCUGGACACUUCCCUGAGAGGCCUAUAAUGCCCGGUGUUCUCAUGGUUGAGGUAUCUUCUUUUUCCCUGAAUGGUUGGGCAUUUAAUCACUUUGUUUAUCAUUUGAAUUUUGUCCAUUUUUAUUUUAGGAGCUGA